UGCAGAUCAGAAUCCAGAACGUGCUAGAAACUACUGCUCAACUCCCUUCCCGAUUCUUCUCUUCCAGUAUAAAUCCCUAUCAUCAUCCCCUAAACGCAGCCAUCACAACAUAUUCUCUCUUCAAUUAAAUUGUCAGUAAUUUUCACACACUCGCGCAGAAAAUGGAUCUCAGGCUAAUUGGUCUCGAUCACCCGCUUCUCAACCCCCUCCACCACAUAAUGGAAUACGCCGCCGGUGACGACAAAUCUUCCAAUGGCAGCGCCCCUUCGAAGACGUUCGUUCUCGACGCCAAGGCAAUGGCGGCGACUCCGGCGGACGUGAAGGAGUAUCCGAACUCGUACGUCUUCAUCAUCGACAUGCCGGGGCUGAAGUCCGGUGACAUCAAGGUGCAGAUCGAAGAUGACAACGUUUUGACUAUAAGCGGGGAGCGGAAGCGAGAGGCGGACGAGAAGGAGGGAACGAAGUAUGUGAGAAUGGAGAGGAGGGUCGGCAAGUUCAUGAGGAAGUUCGCGCUGCCGGAAAAUGCGAAUCCGGAAAAGAUAUCGGCGGUCUGUCAGGACGGAGUGCUGACUGUGACGGUGGAGAAGUUGCCGCCACCGGAGCCGAAGAAGCCGAGGACAAUUGAGGUCAAAAUUGCUUGAAUCAGUCGCAAUUUGGAUCUUGACCCGAUCCAUCAUAAAUCAUUAGUGCCUUUGUUGGGCUGGGUUAUUGCGUGUAUUCUACUGCUUAUUACUACGUAUGUUUCAAUUUUGGGUUAUUAAAAUGGAUGGUUGGGCUUCAAGCUUUCCUUUUUUCAAUGUUGCGUGUGUCCUUUUCAAUUCAAUGGCAACAAUUUCAUAUUCCCCAUGAAUUAAUUAUCUUCCAUUUUCUGAGCUAAUUUUAUUGUACUCAGUAAUGGAAUUCACACUGAGUGGAGUGUUAUUUUAUUUAAUAACUAC